GGUGGCCGUGGUGGUGGGCACCAUGGUGUGGAGCACGGCACUGUGGCUGUUGAUGAGUAUCAAACGAAACACAUCAGAGAAGAACCUCCUCAAUCUCUCCUCCUCGCUCUUCUACGGGUGGGGACUGCUGCUGGAGGACCAACCCUACCACCCACCUGCCUUCAGUGCUGGCCAGCUCAUGGUGGGCGUGUGGCUCAUUGCCUGUCUGAUCCUAAGAGCGUCCUACACCUGCUCCCUCAUCUCUCACCUGGUCGUGCAAGGCAAGUCUGAGGCUAUCAACAGUCUGGAGGAGCUGGUGAGGCUGCAGAGGAGCAAAGGGUGGGAGUGGGGCACGCGAACUUUUGACGGCGCCUUCAACAGCCUCCUCACCAUCAGCACCAACCAGGACUACCAUAUCAUCAAGGCACACAUGCAGACACUGGAGACAGAUAUCGGUAUCAGAAUGGUGCUAGACGGCGGCUUCUCUUACAUACGCAACUAUUACGUAACAAGAAUACUAAUGGAGACAUAUCACUCAAGGGAGGCAGGCGAUAACCCUUUCCAUAUUGCAACAGCCAGGUAUCCUCUGUUUGCUGGAAACACUUGGGCGUUCAGGUGCGUGCACCCAACCAGUGAUGUUAUUGUAGACCAUCAAACACAUCAUUAG